GCGGCCGGCAGCAUGAGCGGCGGCGGCGGCGACGUGGUGUGCACCGGCUGGCUGAGGAAAUCGCCCCCCGAGAAGAAGUUGAGGCGCUAUGCCUGGAAGAAACGUUGGUUCAUCCUGCGGAGCGGCCGGAUGAGUGGUGAUCCAGAUGUUCUCGAAUACUACAAGAAUGACCACUCCAAGAAGCCCCUGCGGAUCAUCAACCUGAACUUCUGUGAGCAGGUGGACGCAGGCCUGACCUUCAACAAGAAGGAGCUGCAGGAUAGUUUUGUGUUUGACAUCAAGACCAGCGAGCGUACCUUUUACCUGGUGGCAGAGACGGAAGAAGACAUGAAUAAGUGGGUCCAGAGCAUCUGCCAGAUCUGUGGCUUCAAUCAGGCUGAGGAGAGCACAGAUUCCCUGAGAAACAUUGCCUCCGCCGCGCACGGGCCGCGCUCUUCUCCGGCAGAGCUCAGCAGCGCUGGCCAGCACCUUCUCCGAGAGCGGAAAUCCUCCGCGCCGUCGCACUCCAGCCAGCCAACUCUGUUCACGUUCGAGCCCCCCAUGUCCAACCACAUGCAGCCCACCCUGUCCACCAGCGCGCCUCAGGAGUAUCUCUACCUGCACCAGUGCAUCAGCCGGAGAGCAGAGAACACAAGGAGUGCCAGCUUCUCUCAGGGCACCAGGACCUCGUUUCUCAUGAGGAGCGACACAGCCGUACAGAAGCUCGCCCAGGGCAAUGGACACUGUGUCAACGGGGUCAGCGGCCAAGUCCAUGGCUUCUACAGCCUUCCCAAGCCAAGCCGGCACAAUGCAGAAUUCAGAGACAGCACGUACGACCUGCCCCGGAGCCUGGCGUCUCACGGCCACACCAAGGGGAGCCUCACCGGCUCCGAGACAGACAAUGAGGACGUGUACACCUUCAAGACACCCAGCAACACCCUGUGCCGUGAGUUUGGGGACCUCCUGGUGGACAACAUGGACCUUCCGAGCACCCCACUCUCAGCCUACCAGAUCCCCAGGACGUUCACGCUGGACAAGAACCACAAUGCCAUGGCAGUGGCCACUCCUGGGGACUCAGCCAUAGCGCCCCCGCCCCGGCCCCCCAAGCCAAGUCAGGCAGAAACACCUCGAUGGGGCAGCCCUCAGCAGAGACCUCCAAUCGGCGAACACAGCAGAUCAGUCUCUGUCGCUGCCACCAUCCCCAGGCGCAAUACGCUUCCCGCGAUGGACAACAGCCGGCUGCACCGAGCUUCCUCCUGCGACACCUACGAGUACCCACAGCGCGCAGCCGAGAGUGCAGGCCGGCCUGCUGAGUCCAUGAGCGAUGGAAUCGGAUCUUUCCUGGCAGGGAAAGCAGCUUUGGGCCGGUCAGACAGUGCCAACUCUGAAGACAACUACGUGCCCAUGAACCCAGGUUCCUCGACCCUGCUGGCCCUGGAGCGAGCAGGGGACACGUCACAAAGUGUCUACAUCCCCAUGAGCCCAGGGCCCCAUCACUUUGACCCGCUUGGCUACCCAGCCUCUGCCCUUCCUCUGCACCGCGGCCCCAGCCGGGGAAGUGAGAUCCAGCCACCCCCUGUCAACCGUAACCUCAAACCUGACCGGAAAGCAAAGCCAACGCCACUUGACCUGAGACACAACGCUGUCAUCGAUGAGCUCCCCUUCAAGUCACCUGUCACCAAGUCUUGGUCUAGGGCCAACCAUACCUUCAGCUCCAGCUCGUCCCAGUACUGCCGCCCCAUCUCCACCCAGAGCAUCACCAGCACGGACUCCGGGGACAGCGAAGAGAACUACGUUCCUAUGCAAAACCCCGUGUCUGCCUCUCCUGUUCCCAGUGGCACCAACAGCCCAGCCCCUAAGAAGAGCACGGGCAGCGUCGACUACCUGGCCCUGGACUUCCAGCCUGGCUCCCCAAGCCCUCACCGCAAGCCAUCCACGUCGUCCGUCACCUCCGACGAGAAGGUGGACUACGUUCAGGUGGACAAGGAGAAGACCCAGGCCCUGCAGAGCACCAUGCAGGAGUGGACAGACGUGCGGCAGUCCUCGGAGCCUUCUAAGGGCGCCAAGCUGUGAGGCCGCGGCCCUGGCCGCCAGGGAAGGGCGGGAGCCAGCGGCUGGAGCUGCCUCCUCCCCCGCUCUGUCACUCACAGCCUUCAGGGCAAGGCGCUAGACCAAGUCAGGGACGCUGAGCCCUCCCCUGGGAGGUGAGGGCCUGCUCUAGACCCCUCCUGGGGGGCCCCCUCCCCACCGCUGUGAAUUUCUUCCCUGAGGGCCUUGCCUCCACCCACCUUAGUUAGGAGCUGCCUCUGUCCUCUCGCCCGUGCUCAGACUCUGAGGGAAGGCUGGGGGCUGUGGCCGUAGCACCACCCCCCAGCCCCCCUCCCCUUGUGACAGAGGUGCUCCUGCAGCGCCCGGCAGCCCAGACCGCCCCAGCCCUGCUGUCCUCAGCAGAGGCAGCCUUGCAGGGGACAGGGACAGGAGCAAGGAAGGGGGACAGAAGGAAGGGACAGGGGGUGGUGGUGGGCUCCCCAGCACAAGGAACAGGGCGUGCAGCUCAGGACAGUGGGGUCCAGGCCCCGGGAGCCCCCAUGGUGGCAGCUUGGACGGAAGUGGAUGGUGCCGUGUGUGUGGAGGGAGAAUGGUGUGGGCAGGAGGCAGUGUGGUGCGGAGAGAGGUGACGCAGGAGCGCAAGGGCGCCUGGGACAGAAACAGCAGGUGAGUUUCCACAAGGUGGAGGGCGCAGAGGUGACUUGAGGAGAUGGGGGAGGCGGUGCCCAGGGCCGAGGGCCCCGGUCUAGCCGUGGGGCAGCCCCGCGGGUUUCUCGCCUCACCGUCUGGUGCUCCCUAGCCUUCCAAGUGCCGCUUUGGAUCAGGACUUGGCUGCCUGCUCUCCUCCCGGGGCUUCAAAGGUCAGAGUGGCAGGCCUGACCGAAGCUUGGGGCUGCCGCUCUCACGUUUCUGUGUUCAGGGUUUUUAAGCAGUUUCUCCAGGGCCAGUAGACUUCCCACCGUGGCUGCUGGGGGUGGCCCCAGGCCCCUCUUAGCAUCCCUCCCUAGAGCAAAAAAUCCCAGCCUGGGAGACGUAGUUUCCACCACGGUAGCCCCUGGCUUGUGCAUUGAGGACAGAGGCAGUAACCUCAGCGGUGAGGAAGAGGACACGAACCUCCACUGGCCACGCACAUGGGGACAGAGGCUGCUGCAGCUAGGCCCGAUGUUCCCAGGGCCCAAGCAUGGACAGCCUCACGCUUUGGCAGGCUGCGGGCUCAUCCCACCCACCCCCGUCUCUGUAAGGCCCUCUCCUGGGAGUCCCUCGUGGCAAAGCUUUUAGUGUCCCCCAACUCCAUCAGUGCCCGCAGGGCCCAGCCCACAGCCUCCCCUGUUGACACCGGGUUGCCACAGACCACAUUACCACGUCCCCAGUGUGCCAUGCAGCGAGUGGAACUGGUUGGAGUCUUCAGUGAGGCAGCCUUCGUCCUGCUCUCAGUCCUCUGCCUAGGGGACCCCUUAGGCUGCAAGUACGGGCAGAGAGAGGCUUGUGAGCCCUAAGCUGCCCACAGGGUCUGGCACACAACCACCUGCCACCCUGGCCAGAGGGAGUCGGCACUCAAACUGGGCCUGAAGCCACCCAGCCUCGGGCUGCUGCCUGGGGGCUGCCUCAGCAGCACCCACUUCCAGCUCUACCUCUGCAAGGUUCAAGUCAAGUCCUGCGGCAACGACGAGCAGCCGGCGAUGGCGUCUCCCAGGUGGGAUCGCUCAGCGGUACCCCCUGCCCCUUCUCUCCCUCCACUCUGGUUCUCGCCCUGUGUCUCAGACAGAAGCACAAUUCGGAAGUUUCUGGGGCAUGGCGUGCAACUCCAGGCUGUCCUCUGGCUCCCUUACCUGUCCCGGGCUGUGGCCCAGAGAGGCCAGCCCUGCCGUCCUGGGGGACCAGGUUGUAUGUGUGGGCUACGCGUGUUCUGAAAUGUAGAAUCAUUUCGUACGGAACUGUCACUAGUUGUUGGGAAGAGAUAAGUGGGCUACAUGCAGCCCCAUCUGAAGUUCUGUUCUUGUCACCAUUUAAAAUUGACAUUUAAUUUUUCAAAUCACUGUUGGUGCCUAAUCACUUAAGUUAUUAAUUUAUUCUGUUUCCUCUGUAACACGUAUUUAUCUUGUGAGUAGU